UCCCGUACUCAUUCUCACUUUCCAUAUAUUUUCCAACACCUGGCCCUCUUCCCCCCAAGCCCAACUCCUUCACCGUAACGCCUCCGCACCUCCUUUCUCAUCUGCAAAAAAUCCCACCUCAAAGUUCUCGAAAAAGGGUCACCAAAAUUCCCAAGCAUAAGGAAAAUCUCCAUAGCUUUCAUCUGAGAUUUUCUUUCACACAAUAAAACUGCAACAAUGGGGAAAGGAGGGGUUAGCGAAGGCGUUCUGAAGAAGAUCAUCUUGUCCUACACCUAUGUGGCGAUCUGGAUCUUCUUAUCCUUCACUGUUAUCGUCUACAAUAAGUACAUCUUGGAUCGCAAGAUGUACAAUUGGCCCUACCCGAUUUCCCUGACCAUGAUCCACAUGGCCUUUUGCUCCUCCUUAGCGUACCUUCUCGUCCGGGUCUUCAAGUUGGUUGAACCCGUUUCCAUGUCUUGGGAUCUCUAUGUCAAAUCUGUUGUCCCCAUUGGUCUUCUUUAUGCGGUAUCUCUAUGGCUUUCUAAUUCUGCUUAUAUUUAUUUGUCUGUUUCUUUCAUCCAAAUGCUCAAGGCCUUGAUGCCCGUUGCUGUUUAUUCAAUUGGGAUCCUUUUUAAGAAAGAGCAAUUUAAGACUAAUGUCAUGGCUAAUAUGGUUUCCAUCUCUGUUGGGGUUGCCAUUGCUGCUUAUGGGGAGGCCAAGUUCGAUACCUGGGGGGUUAUUUUGCAGCUUGGUGCUGUGGCUUUUGAGGCAACUAGGCUUGUUAUGAUUCAGAUUUUGUUGAAUUCAAAGGGGAUCACCUUGAAUCCAAUUACUUCCCUGUACUAUGUUGCGCCAUGCUGUUUGGUUUUCUUGACUGUUCCUUGGUUGGUCGUGGAAUAUCCCGUGUUGAAGGAGACUUCAAGUUUCCAUCUUGAUUUUUUCGUAUUUGGGACCAAUUCUUUCUGUGCUUUUGCUCUGAAUCUCGCGGUGUUUUUGCUCGUUGGAAAGACAUCUGCUUUGACAAUGAAUGUGGCUGGUGUUGUUAAGGAUUGGUUGUUGAUCGCAUUUUCAUGGUCCGUGAUUAAGGAUGCAGUUACCUUGGUGAACUUGAUUGGCUAUGCUCUGGCUUUCUUGGGAGUCUGUUAUUACAAUCAUGCUAAAUUUGUGGCAAUGAAGGCUAAGGAGGCUGAGGAAGCACAGAGGAAAGCUGCCCAAGCUGAUGAAGAGGCUGGCAGGUUGCUUGAGGAAAGAGAGGAGUCUGGUGCUAAGAAGUCCGAGUCACAGGAUUAAUCUGUUGAUCCCUGAUUUGAUCAUGGUUAUUUUGAUAGGAGGGAUAUUAGCAAAGAAUUGAAAGGAGAGGACUGGUUAGAUUGUUCUCUUGGUAUGCCAUGUUAGGAGUUUCUUUUCACAAUGUCCCUUUUUAGAUUCCUAAUUUAUUGUUCGUUAAUCUUGGGUAUUAGCACGUCAUGUUUUUGGUGAUAUGAGAUUGAUGUUCAUUCUCAAAUUGCCAAAUCAUGAACGUGGCUUGAGAAUGACUUGAGGCGCUUUAUUAGCUUUCUUUUGACAUAAUAUUAAUAUAUGAGAACUCUUUUUUUGCCAA